GGACAACGUGAAGAAAGAGGUUGCUUUAGAUGUCAAAGAUCUCGGUCAAUUGAAGGGACAUAGCAAGGAGAACAUACUACAAGCACAACCAGAUGAUGUCGCCUUGGUCUUACAUACAAGCGGCACAACAUCGAGGCCGAAAGUCGUUCCAUUAACGCAUCGCAAUUUGACAAGAACAAUGAAGAAUAUCCAGGCGACAUAUCAGCUUACCGCGCAAGACCGAACCAUGCUAGUUAUGCCGCUAUUCCAUGUCCACGGUUUGCUUUGUGCUCUCCUGGCCCCUCUGUACUCUGGUGGCUCUAUGAUUGUGCCAACUAAGUUCUCAGCUUCGGACUUCUGGCAAGAUUUCACUGCUCACGGGGCGAAUUGGUAUACCGCCGUGCCAACUAUACACCAAAUUCUCCUCAAGAACCCCGCGCCAAGCCCUCUGCCCAAGAUUCGCUUCAUCCGCUCCUGUUCCUCGCCUUUGUCACCGACGGUAUUCCACCAGCUAGAAGAGAAGUUCAAGGCGCCCGUGCUGGAAGCAUAUGCUAUGACGGAAGCUGCCCAUCAGAUGACAUCCAACCCCUUACCCCCCGCAAAGCGAAAGCCUGGGACGGUAGGUUUAGGCCAAGGCGUAGAGGUCAAAAUCCUCAACGAUGCCGGCGACGAGGUGUCUCAGGGCAGUGAGGGCGAGAUUUGCAUUCUAGGCGAAAACGUGACCAAGGGCUACCUAAACAACCCAGCCGCCAACGCAUCAUCCUUCACUAAAGGUGGCUUCUUCCGCACCGGUGACCAGGGCAAGAAGGAUGAGGAUGGCUACAUCAUUAUCACCGGCCGUAUUAAGGAACUCAUCAACAAGGGUGGUGAAAAGAUCAGUCCGAUUGAGCUAGACAACGUAUUAACGAGGCACUCGGCUGUCUCCGAGGCUGUUAGCUUCGCGAUUCCCGACGAUCUAUACGGCCAGGACAUUGGCGUUGCAGUUGUGCUUAAGAGCGGGGCAAAAUUAGAACAAGACGAAUUGAGGGCUUGGGUCAAUGAGAAAUUGGCUAAAUUUAAGGUUCCCAAGAAGAUUUACUUCACUGAAGUUAUGCCUAAGACUGCGACUGGUAAAAUUCAGCGGCGUAUCGUGGCAGAAACAAUGCAAAAGCAAGAAUCGCCCAAAGCGAAGCUUUAAAAGCAACCACAGAAUAUUAUAUCAUUCGAUUUAUCCUUGGUAACGCCCAGGGGAUAUUUAAGAUGAAAAAAUCAACUACGAAGCUACUAUGCAGGCAUACGAAUCAGAGAGUGUGACAAUAGGUGUACAUAUAUCAUACAAUGUAUGUAAGACGAGACAGAUGCACAACUUAUCAUAUAAGACACGGGAAAGCGAUCACGACGCAUUGCAUUGUAGAUCACCACCAAUAGAAG